CAGCUGGGGGAGCAUGAUGGCAGCGGAGAGCGAUGUGCAGUCUGAGAUCGAGGUGCUGGAGUCCAUCUACCUGGAUGAUCUGCAGGUGGACAGGAGGAGAGACGGGGGCUGGGAGGUGAGUCUGGUUCUGUACCCGUCCACAGGAGAAGACUCCGUCUCUCAGUUUGUCCGACUCACUCUGACUUUGACCCUGGAUCAGCAGUAUCCCUCGUCCUCUCCAGCCAUCUCCAUUCAAAACCCCCGUGGACUUUCUGAUGAUAAACUUCACAGCGUCCAGACCUGUCUUCAGGUGGAGGCUCAGUCCUGUCUGGGUUCACCGGUGUUGUACCAGCUCAUUGAGAAAGCAAAAGAAAUCCUGACUGAAAGCAAUAUUCCUCAUGGAAACUGUGUCAUCUGCCUUUAUGGUUUUAAAGAGGGGGAGUCGUUCACGAAGACGAGCUGCUAUCACUACUUCCACUCUCACUGCCUCGGCCGCUACGUCUGCCACUCGGAGAGGGAGCUCCAGCAGAGGGAGAAGGAGCUGCAGGAAGACAAGACCAGAGACGGAGCGGAGCAUCAGGAGCUGACCGUGGUGUGUCCCGUAUGCAGAGAGCCGCUGGCGUACGAUAUUGAUCAACUCCUGUCCUCUCCUGCACCCAGGCUGCCCGAGCUCGACGAGGCGGCGAUCGGUUCAGACUUUCAACAUAAGUGGUGUGAACUCCAGAAGGUUCUGGAAAAACAGAGGGCUAAAGGUGGGAUCAUUGACCCCGAGGUGGAAUCAAAUCGGUUUCUCAUCCACACCAACGAGACUCCACCUGUUGUUGAAAACGGAAACCCGGAGGCCGAUGCCUCUCCCGAACCGCCGACAUCAUCCUCCCUGCAUGAAACUUGUGCCAGAGCGGAUCAGUUUGCUCCCGGGACGUCCCACUGCAGAGGCGUUCAGGGCCAGAGGCGUCAAAACCAGAUGAAGGGUCCAAGAAGAGGAGGAGGAGCCAGAUUUAGACCCCAGUACGGGAGAGCUGUCGCCACCCCAGAGAAGCUAGAAAAACUUUCUCUGUCCUCAGACUGCAUGGACGAGUCAGACUACAGAAGGCAGAACAAUCACGACCGGCAGAUGCAAAGAAACCCGGAGUCGUCCUGGUCCAGGACAGGCAGGGAAAAUUCUGCAGUCCAACAAGACCUUCAGGUUUCCCCAGACCGUCAGGCCAUACGCCAACCAGCGUUGGGAACUGACUUGCCAAAAGACGCAGGCAUCCGCGGCCAUCGCGGAAGAAGAAGGGGGCCUCACCAACCUGCUGCACAUGCCGGGGCCUCUGGACCCGCAUGGCACCACUGUGAUGGCCAGGCCUCCAGAAGCAGAGGGGGAGGACUCCGCCAGGGUCAUGGCAGGAGCUUCCAGAGGAAGGUGGUGGAGAGGGGAAGGGAGGAGGUGCUAUGACAAAGAGCAACAAGGUGGAUGAACAAAUGCGUGUGUGCCUCCGUUACCAGUAACUACGGUAGAACCACGGGUGACCCGUGUCUCCUAAUCCAUAUGCUGCUGUUGUCCCAGUGUCCGCUACGCACUUUCAUACGCACUAAAACUCACCACAGAUGGUCGUUGCUUUUUAUUGUGAUGCUAUUUGACUUGAAAAGAGUACUAAUUAAAUUUUCUUCUGGA